UGAAUUAACAUUUUAGAUUUCUUAUAAAUCAAUACAGCUUUUCAAAAUUGAUAGUUUAUCCCCAAUUGUGUUUCUAGAAUUGCUGGACUGAUUCUUUUGCUUGGUAGUUACGGAUACGCACUUAAAGUACGAUGGAUAACAAACGUAAUUGCUUGUCCUUUCAAUUAAUUUUGAACAGUGUAUGAAAACUAGGUUUUCAGAUAUUACAAAUGUACUUCAACUAUUAGUUGGAACAAUGAAUUCUCUUGGAAGGAACCUGGUUUUGUUUCCGAGGUCCUUCAUGAGACCUAAAUGUGUCAGUGUAAUUUACUCGAAGAGAGAUCUGUCAUUGCACGAAUACUUGAGUUUCGAGAUCCUCCGAGAAAAGGGGCUGACUCUGCCUCAAGCCCAAGUUGCAUCAACACCUGCGGAAGCAAAAUCUAUUGCUGAUUCUUUUCUCCAAAAUAGUUCUAUCGAUGAGUACGUCGUUAAAGCACAAGUAUUGGCAGGUGGCCGUGGCAAAGGAAGUUUUGUCCCUAGUAACAUGCAAGGUGGCGUGAAGAUGGCCUUUUCUCCCGAAGAAGUAGAACAAAUCUCCUCCAACAUGCUUAAGAAUACUCUAAUUACAAAACAGACGGGCGCUAAAGGAAGGCCAUGCAAUCAAGUUCUGAUUGUGGAGAGGUUGUUCAAUAGGAGAGAAUUCUAUUUCGCAAUUGCCAUGGAGCGCUCAUUCGGUGGCCCAGUGUUUGUGGGAAGCGCUUCGGGAGGAAUGGACAUAGAAGCGGUAGCAAAAGAAAAUCCAGAGGCCAUUAUUAAGGAGCCCUUAGACAUCUUAACCGGUCCGACAAUGGAUCAGGCAAUCUCGUUCGCCAAACGAGUUGGGAUUCCCGAGGCUCAGCACAAAGAGGCAGCCGAGACGUUCAUUAAACUCUACGAAAUCUUUGUGGCCAACGAUACGACUCUUUUAGAAAUUAACCCCCUUAGUUUAGACUACAACAGAAGAAUCGUCUGCAUGGAUUGCAAAAUGAAUUUUGACGACAAUGCAGCUUUUAGAAGGAAAGAAAUCUUCAGUAAGAAGGAUUUAUCGCAAGAAGAUGAGCGGGACAUCAAAGCUGAAAAGGCAGACAUCAACUACAUUGGACUGGACGGCAAUAUAGGAUGUCUAGUUAAUGGUGCCGGAUUGGCAAUGGCUACGAUGGAUAUAAUCAAGCUGCACGGCGGAGAUCCCGCUAAUUUUCUGGACGUGGGCGGUGGCGCUACUGUUGAACAGGUGAAAGAAGCGUUUGACUUGAUCACAAGUGACAAAGGUGUGAACGCCAUCCUGGUGAAUAUCUUCGGCGGGAUCAUGUCUUGCGAUGUCAUCGCAGAAGGCAUCAUAAAGGCCGCGAGAGAGUUGCAGCUGAAAGUACCAGUGGUGGUACGGCUUCAAGGUUCUCACGAGGAAGCUGCGAGAGAGCGAAUCACAGCGUCUGACUUGAAGAUAAUCGCCUGUGACAGUUUGGACGAGGCCGCCAAGAAAGUGGUGCGCUUCAGUGACAUUGUGGGACUAGCUAGAGAAGUGGAAGUGGACGUCAAGUUCAAACUGCCCAUCUGAAUAAAUGAGAAGAUGGAGUGAAUAAAUUGAAUAGAUUCGUUGAAUGACUCACUAAUUUAGACCAUUUAUAGUAUUGUAACAAAUCAAACUGCUGAGGAUAAAAAUUUAUGCGUUUCUUUAUAUUCUGUGGUUGGAGAGUUACUUAAACACUAUCAACUAUUUGUUGUUCUGAAAACUAUUGUUUGAAUGAACUGAUUCGAUAGCAGAAUAUUCCGCCUCUACCGAGCAGAAAUUGAUCAAUUAAUGCAAGUUUUACAAAUGUAGACAUUUAAUCUCCUAAGAAUGUUAAGGAAUAGUGCAUCUAAAAAGCGCUCGAUUCAGACUUGUAAUUUUGAAGAAAAGCAUGUUGAGCUUGUUCAACAUGGCCGUUUUUCAUUGUUCUUCACUAACUAUUUUGGCUCAAUAGGUUACGUAUUUUGUUCUAAUAAAGUGUACAUAAAA